ACCCGCCGGAGCACUAUAGAUGCAGGACGGAGGCGAUGGAAAGAUGGCGGCGGCCGUGGUGCAAAUGGCAUGUUUGUACCGGGGGAUGUUAGCGGUCAGGGCCACUGGCAUUAGAACGAUGAUCCCCGGGCUGGUCCCGUCGCAAUUCCGAGCCUUCUCGCUGCGGAAGGAGCCGGAACUGGAGGAGAACCCGUACUUCAGCAAGUACCAGGACAAGAUCCAGAAGCUUCGCAGCGCCAAACCACAGGAGUACAAAGCCAAAAUCGAGAACCGGCAUGAGGCCAAGAAGGAUGUGCUGGGACACUCAAAGCAGGCGGAGUUCGUCAGGCUCAUGGAGCAGGAGUUGGAGAAAAAGGAAAAGAUGGCUGCCAGUGAUGGAGCAUCAGGAGGUUUCACAAAGAACAAGACACUGGGCUCCAUCCUCGACCUGGAGAAGAUCAGGGACAUGAAAGCCGAGGAGAUUGCUGAGCUUUGGAUGAAAUAUUAUUCAACCAAAGACACAAUCAGCGCCGUCAUCCCGACACGGUUGUACGAGGUGAUUUUGAGCAGAUCAGAGUCGUGCAAGAUGUUCCUCUACGCUUUGCCUCAGCGGGAGGGUUAUGAGUUCUUCUUGGGUCAGUGGUCCGGACACGAGCUCCACUUCACCUCCCUCAUCAACGUCCAGACGAUAGGCGAACACGCUCCCAGUCAGCUGAUCCUCUACCACUACCCGGACCUGAAGGAUGAAAAGGGUGUGGUCCUCAUGACUGCCGAGCUCGACCCCAAGUUCAUAACCGUCCACCAGGCUCAGUGCUUGGCCAAUCAGGUGCAGCUGUUCUACGGCACGCAGAGGGAGGAGACAUACCGAUUGGUCGAGACAUUUAACCGCCAACCGGCAGACUUCAAACACAUGUUGGUGAUAGCGGAGCUGGAACAGAGCGGCUUGGGGUCGGCGGAGGCCUCCGGGGGAUCGUAGAUGAGUCCAACCAUCUCUCCUACAGUCGGAUUGUCACUUAAUUUAAAGUGACAGAGUGAAAUGUGCUUCUUUGCUCAGCACUUGCCAUAAGGAUACACGUAUUCUUCAUACUGGAUAGCAGCGGCUAUGAUUCAGGCAAAAAAAUUAUUUAAAGGAAGAUCAUCAGUGUCUUUUGAACUCUGUCUGGGAUCAUCUGACAUCAGAUACACACCUUCAUUGUACAUACAUUAUCCCUAACCAUAGGAUAAUGAUGUGGUAUUCAUCAGUUCUAUGAUAAAUAUAUAUCCCACUGUGUCCUACCCUCAUGUUAGACUGGACCAGAAGGACUUCAUUGCCCCAGUACCUAUCCCUGAAAACCCAUUAGACGUUUAAUAAAUCAUAUUCCAAACCCAAAAUCUUUGUAUCUGACCGCUU